UUUGCCAACGCAUUCCUCUCCUCUGCGCGACCUGUCCUGCCUCCCCUCCCCCAUGCGCCAGUUUCUGAGUGCGCAGGCGCAGGCUCGUCCGCGUUUUCCGCCUCUGCGCAGGCGCCGUGCCCCUCCCACGGCGGUUGGCCAUAUAGAUGCUGGGGGUGGGGGGGAGGUCAAGCGUAGCCUCUUCUCCUUUACCAAGAUGGCGGCUUGUCCCUGUUUCUCCACAGUUCCCAGCUUGUGAGCCUGAUCUCCUUACGCUGGUAAGACUGGAACAGCAAAAGCUGGCAGGCUGACAGAGGUGGCCUCAGGACGGACUUUCUGGCUACUGACCGUUUUGCUGUGCCUCACCAGGACUGUGUGUGGGCACCCCAUCAACCAUGAGCUCGGUUGCAGUUUUGACCCAAGAGAGCUUUGCUGAACACCGAAGUGGGCUGGUUCCGCAACAGAUCAAAGUUGCCACUUUAAAUUCAGAAGAAGAGAGUGACCCUCCAACCUACAAGGAUGCCUUCCCCCCACUCCCUGAGAAAGCAGCUUGCUUGGAAAGCGCCCAGGAACCUGCAGGCGCCUGGGGUAACAAGAUCCGGCCCAUCAAGGCUUCUGUCAUCACUCAGGUGUUCCAUGUACCCCUGGAGGAGAGAAAAUACAAGGACAUGAACCAGUUUGGAGAAGGUGAACAAGCAAAAAUCUGCCUUGAGAUCAUGCAGAGGACAGGAGCUCACCUGGAGCUGUCUCUCGCCAAAGACCAGGGCCUCUCCAUUAUGGUCUCUGGGAAGCUGGACGCCGUCAUGAAAGCCCGGAAGGAUAUUGUUGCUAAGCUGCAGACCCAGGCCUCAGCAACUGUUGCCAUUCCCAAAGAACAUCAUCGCUUUGUUAUUGGUAAAAAUGGAGAGAAACUACAAGACUUGGAGCUAAAAACGGCAACCAAAAUUCAAAUCCCACGCCCAGAUGACGCAAGUAACCAGAUCAGAAUCACUGGCACCAAAGAGGGCAUCGAGAAAGCUCGCCACGAAGUCCUGCUCAUCUCUGCCGAGCAGGAUAAACGUGCUGUAGAGAGGCUAGAAGUGGAGAAGGCAUUCCAUCCCUUCAUCGCUGGGCCUUAUAAUCGACUCGUCAGUGAGAUCAUGCAAGAAACAGGGACGCGCAUCAACAUCCCCCCACCCAGCGUCAACCGGACAGAAAUCGUCUUCACUGGGGAGAAGGAGCAGCUGGCUCAGGCUGUGGCUCGGAUCAAGAAGAUUUAUGAAGAAAAGAAAAAGAAGACCACAACCAUCGCAGUGGAAGUGAAGAAAUCCCAGCACAAGUAUGUCAUUGGGCCCAAGGGCAAUUCCUUGCAGGAGAUUCUCGAAAGAACUGGAGUUUCUGUGGAGAUCCCACCGUCCGACAGCAUCUCUGAGACUGUGAUACUUCGAGGGGAGCCUGAAAAGCUAGGGCAGGCACUGACUGAGGUCUAUGCCAAGGCCAACAGUUUUACAGUCUCCUCCGUCUCUGCUCCUUCUUGGCUUCACCGUUUCAUCAUUGGCAAGAAGGGGCAGAACUUGGCCAAGAUCACUCAGCAGAUGCCAAAGGUUCACAUCGAGUUUACAGAAGGCGAGGACAAGAUCACCCUGGAAGGCCCCACGGAGGAUGUAAAUGUGGCCCAGGAACAGAUCGAAGCUAUGGUGAAAGACUUGAUUCACCGCAUGGACUAUGUGGAGAUCAGCAUUGACCACAAGUUUCACAGACACCUCAUCGGGAAGAGCGGAGCCAACAUCAACAGAAUCAAAGAUCAGUACAAGGUGUCUGUACGCAUCCCUCCCGACAGCGAGAAGAGCAACCUGAUCCGCAUUGAGGGGGACCCGCAGGGUGUGCAGCAGGCCAAGCGGGAGCUGUUGGAGCUUGCCUCCCGCAUGGAAAACGAGCGUACCAAGGAUCUAAUCAUUGAGCAGAGAUUUCAUCGCACAAUCAUUGGGCAGAAGGGUGAACGGAUUCGUGAAAUUCGGGACAAAUUCCCAGAGGUUAUCAUCAACUUUCCAGACCCAGCACAAAAAAGUGAUAUUGUCCAACUUAGAGGGCCCAAGAAUGAAGUGGAAAAGUGUACAAAAUACAUGCAGAAGAUGGUUGCUGAUUUGGUGGAAAAUAGCUAUUCGAUCUCUGUUCCGAUCUUCAAGCAGUUUCACAAGAACAUCAUUGGGAAAGGAGGCGCAAACAUUAAAAAGAUUCGUGAAGAAAGCAAUACCAAGAUCGACCUUCCAGCAGAAAAUAGCAACUCGGAGACCAUCAUCAUAACAGGCAAGCGGGCCAACUGCGAGGCUGCCCGGAGCCGCAUCCUGUCCAUCCAGAAAGACCUGGCCAACAUAGCCGAGGUGGAGGUCUCCAUCCCUGCCAAGCUGCACAACUCCCUCAUUGGCACGAAGGGUCGCCUGAUCCGCUCCAUCAUGGAGGAGUGCGGCGGGGUCCACAUUCACUUCCCUGUGGAAGGCUCGGGAAGCGACACAGUUGUCAUCAGGGGCCCUUCCUCGGAUGUGGAGAAGGCCAAGAAACAGCUUCUGCACCUGGCAGAGGAGAAGCAAACCAAGAGUUUCACUGUUGACAUCCGAGCCAAGCCGGAGUACCACAAGUUCCUCAUUGGCAAAGGGGGUGGCAAGAUCCGCAAGGUACGUGACACCACCGGAGCCCGCAUCAUAUUCCCGACGGCAGAGGACAAGGACCAGGACCUGAUCACCAUCAUCGGAAAAGAGGAUGCUGUCAAGGAGGCCCAAAAGGAGCUGGAGGCCUUGAUUCAGAACCUGGAUAAUGUGGUAGAAGACUACAUGCUGGUGGACCCCAAGCACCACCGUCAUUUUGUUAUUCGAAGAGGCCAAGUCUUGCGGGAAAUCGCCGAGGAGUACGGUGGGGUGAUGGUUAGCUUCCCGCGGUCUGGCACACAGAGUGACAAAGUGACUCUCAAGGGUGCCAAGGAAUGUGUGGAGGCAGCCAGAAAGCGCAUCCAGGAGAUCAUCGAAGACCUGGAAGCCCAGGUGACCAUAGAGUGUGCCAUACCCCAGAAAUUCCAUCGCUCUGUCAUGGGCCCCAAAGGUUCCAGAAUCCAGCAGAUCACUCGGGACUAUAACGUUCAAAUUAAAUUCCCAGACAAAGAGGAGAACCCAGUUCAUAGUGCAGAGCCAGCUGUUCAGGAGAACGGUGACGAUGCUGGGGAGGGCAGAGAGGCUGACCCUGGCUCUCCGAGGAGGUGUGACAUCAUCAUCAUCUCUGGCCGCAAGGAAAAGUGUGAAGCUGCCAAGGAAGCCCUUGAGGCUCUGGUUCCUGUCACCAUUGAAGUGGAAGUGCCCUUUGACCUUCACCGGUACAUCAUCGGACAGAAGGGAAGCGGGAUCCGCAAGAUGAUGGAUGAGUUUGAGGUGAAUAUACACGUCCCGGCACCUGAGCUGCAGUCUGAUGUCAUCGCCAUCACAGGCCUCGCUGCAAAUCUGGACCGGGCCAAGGCUGGGCUCCUGGAGCGUGUGCGGGAGCUGCAGGCAGAGCAGGAGGACCGGGCUUUAAGGAGUUUUAAGCUAAGCGUCACUGUCGACCCUAAAUACCAUCCCAAAAUCAUUGGGAGAAAGGGGGCAGUGAUUACCCAAAUCCGCUUGGAGCAUGACGUGAACAUCCAAUUUCCUGAUAAGGAUGAUGGGAACCAGCCGCAGGACCAAAUCACCAUCACAGGGUACGAAAAGAACACAGAAGCUGCCCGGGAUGCCAUACUGAAAAUUGUGGGUGAACUUGAACAGAUGGUUUCUGAGGACGUCCCAUUAGACCACCGUGUCCACGCCCGCAUCAUUGGUGCCCGUGGCAAAGCCAUUCGCAAAAUCAUGGAUGAAUUCAAGGUGGACAUUCGCUUCCCGCAGAGCGGGGCCCCGGACCCCAACUGCGUCACCGUGACGGGGCUCCCAGAGAACGUGGAGGAGGCCAUCGACCACAUCCUCAACUUGGAGGAAGAAUAUCUGGCCGACGUGGUGGACAGCGAGGUCCUGCAGGUGUACAUGAAGCCCCCAGCCCACGAGGAGUCCAAGGCCCCUUCCAAGGGCUUUGUGGUUCGGGACGCUCCCUGGACCGCCAACAGCAGUGAGAAGGCUCCAGAUAUGAGCAGCUCUGAAGAAUUUCCCAGCUUUGGGGCUCAGGUGGCCCCCAAGACCCUCCCUUGGGGCCCCAAACGAUAAUGAUCAGAAAACAAACCUCUCCAGCCUGCUGACCCAAACCCCACCACACAAUGGUUUGUUUCAAUCUGACUCAGCAGCUGGACCCUCCAUAAAUUGUUGACGCUCCCCCCUCCCCGAGGUCUCACAGUGAAGCCGGGCGCCUGGCGCUGUGUGCAGCUGGUCCUCAGGCCUGGCCAGCGCCCGGCACGUGCUCAGGAUCUGCCCUUGACACCGGCUGUGGGCCAGCUUUCCACGGUUCAAACACUAAUAGAGGCAAUUGGACAUUUCACGACAAGCUUCCUGGUCCACCGGCAUGUCAAUAAGGCCCUGGCCCCACUAAGAGUGCUGCACAGCUGGGGCUGAGCCCACUUCCUGUGUCGUGACCUCAGGAAAUAAAUUUCCUUGACUUUAGAAAAGCCAAA